AUGGAUGAACAAUAUAAAACGGUCGAAGAAGCUUUGGAAAGUUUGCGCUUCGAUCAUGUAUAUGAAGGCUUUGGCUCCAUUGAGAAUGCAAUGGCUGAAGGUAUUGUGAAUUUUUUGCAAACGGAAAACGAACAUUUAAACGGUACUUUGAAGAUGGUUUAUAAGUCUCAGUUAAAUUUUUUGGAAAGGAAUGAAGCAAAAAAAUCCAGAAUUGAUGAACAAGAAAAAGAAGCAGAGGAUGUUAAUAAGAAUGAAUCAGUUGCGAAUAACAGACUAUAUAAUUUAAGAGGAAAAGGAAAUAUUAAUUACAAUGAAGGAUAUUUAUCAAAGGAGCAAUGUAGAUACACUACGCCUUCCCCAGGCAGUCCAACAUUACAUCUAUUGCCAAUGGAUAACUCUGAAGACGAAGAUAAGGAUGAGGAUGGUGUCAUAAUAAUUAAUGAUGUAAAUGAACUUUGCUUUAAGGAUGGGAAUCCAGAAAAUGAUCUUAAGAUAGGAGAUACCAAUGUUUCUCAGUUAUUCCGGAAAUAUCAAAAUGAAUCAGUAAAGAUUGCAAAGACUGAAGGUCUAUUUGUUGAAUCAAAUAUACACAAAAUAUUGCCACUGUCUUCAAUUUUUCUGCUUGCCUCAGGUUCUCAUUCAAAUACGAUGAUCAAUAUAUUUAGUUCUCUUUUACUCAAUGAAGUUCACCAACAAAUCGCUUCAGCACAACAAAUAGAAUUAAGUUUAGAGUGUGAGUCAAAAUUUAGAAAAGUGAUUAAGCAAGUGACUAGGAAGUUACGUCACAAAGCCAUAAAAUUAUUAUUAACAGAGCUUUCAAAUGACGAAAUUUUGGAUGAAAACUUGGGUUUCUGUGAUAUUGAAAGGCCUGAAAAUGUUGCUUAG